AAUUGUUAAUGUGUAUUGUUGCUUUAAACUCUUUUUGCACAUCUGGUCUGGUUCUGCAGCAUUGCUUGUGCCUUAGUUGCUCAACAUGCAUGACAUGCCAUUUCUCACACAAGGAAUAUUCUGUCACAUCUCUCCCAGGUGAGAACAAGGGUCAACAGCCAAUGGCAGCACAUCCGUUAACAGAGUGGAACACAGGCCUGUUCGGCUGCUGUGAGGACAAAUGCUCCUGUUGCUAUGGUUUCUGGUGCUGCCCUUGCCUUGCCUGCACGGUUUCAGGAAAAUUUGGAGAGAACCGGUGUCUCCCAUUAUGUGACUUGUGCAGCCCUGCCAUAGUAGCAGGCCUUGGAAUACCUCUGUGUGCUCCUCCUGCAGCCUUGGCUCUGAGAGUUGGCAUUCGACACAGAUAUGGCAUUAAGGGCACUCUCUGUAAGGACAUUGCAACUUCCUGUGUCUGUGUGUGGUGCUCCUGGUGUCAGAUGCAUCGCGAGUUAAAAUAUCGCAAGAAAAACUCCACUGCCGUCGUUAACAUGCAGCCUCCUCCAGUCAUGGCGGCUCCUGGACACCCACCUCCUGCUGGCUUUGUGAGCCAACAAGGAGUUGUUGUGACUUCAUAUUGAACUUUGUGGCUUCUCACCAGCCCGUUCUGUCUUGUGAAGGAAAUUUGACUAAACUAAGAUCAAUUAUCUGUGGUGCAAAAGCUGAUUAGUAUUUGGCUAGCUGUGGGGCUGGGAGGGAGAAUGUAAUCCUUGUUUUUCUCCAAGGAACUGAUGAGCUUGCUGCUAAUGGUGUAACAGUUUUGAAUUGCGUCCCCAUGCUAGAUGUUUGUAGAUAUACUUAGUAAUCAGUAGCUUUUGAAAGAGAACAAGGAGUGACUUAUCUAACUAAACUGUUGAAAUCAAAAAUCUAAGAUCAGAGAAAAAAUUGCAAAUGUGCCUGUCACAGAGAACAUGACAGUUAAGACUUAUUUGUCCUUUUCGGUUACUGUUUCAGAUUUACAUGUUCAUUACAUUACAUAUAAGUAAUACACAUAAUAUUGUGUCAUUGAGUUUAUCUGGUGGCUUUUUGAUGAAAUCCUGUGUGACAAUACACAGGACAUUAUCACACACCACCACUAUGUGUGGAUUUUAUUUGGUGUUCGAAUUGGUCGGUGCUGAAAUUAAUCAAAUGAAAAAUGUAAUAAAAAGCAGAUAUAAAAAGA